AUGGCACACGGUAUAUCCGAUGACGAUUUAACAAAAAAAGAAAUAUACGAUGCACCAGAUGUAUUAGAUAAAAAAUUGGAUCAGUUAGUCGAAUGGAUUAAAGCUAGUAAACAUUUUAUUAUAUUCACUGGUGCAGGAAUUUCAACGAGUACGGGAAUUCCAGAUUUUCGAUCAGGAAUGGACACUCGCUUAUCAACAGGUCCUGGCGUUUGGGAAUUACGUGAUAAAGGUGAAGCACGUUCAAAGAAGGCUACUGUGACUUCAAGUACAAAAGCUAUUCCAUCUGUCGCUCAUAUGGCCAUUGUUGAAUUAGCUCGUCAAGGUAUUAUUAAAUUUGUUAUUUCUCAAAAUACAGACGGAUUACAUCUUCGUUCGGGAAUCAAAUCAAGUAUGUUAGCAGAAUUACAUGGAAAUUCAAAUUUGGAAUAUUGUCAAAAAUGUGGAAUUAAAUAUUUAAGAGAUUAUCGUACAAGAACAGCGGGUAAAGUACAUGAUCAUAAUACCGGACGCAUAUGUACGAAUUCAAAGUGUAAUGGAUCACUAUUAGACAGUAUUAUUAAUUUUGGAGAGUCGUUACCGAAUCAAGAAUUAACUGCAGGUUUUGAACAUGCAAACAAAGCUGAUCUAUGUCUUGUACUGGGAUCAUCAUUGAGAGUUACACCAGCUGCUAAUAUUCCUGAAGAAGUAGCAAUCAAAGGUCAAAAAUUAGUAAUCGGAAAUUUACAAUUGACUCCAAUGGCAUCUAUAGCAAAAUUAAAUAUUCAUGCAAUGUGUGAUGAAAUUAUGAACGGUAUUAUGAAUAAAUUAAAUAUUCCAAUUCCAAAUUGGGAACUCCAUCGUCGAAUACGUAUUGUUAUUCAGUCGAAUCAAAUAACAAUGACCGGUUUAGAUUUAGAUCAAGAACAUAUUCCCUAUAGUCUGUUUACACAAGUAAAUGUUUCUCUACGAUCUGGUACAAGUGAAGUAUAUAAGUCAAAGCCUCUAAAAGAACCCAUUUCACAUAAAAUAGAUUUAACAUCGAUUAAAAAACCAUCUUCGAUACAGUAUGAUUUAUAUGCGGAAAUUCAUUUUCAAGGACACUAUAAUGAACCGAUUUAUACAUUAAAAUUACCAUUUGUUGAUCAACAACAGGACAUACAUCUAUUUUAUGAUCCAAAAACGAGAAUUUGGAGACAAGAAUAA